GAAAUGAUUUGAUUUUCUUUCCCUAAAAAAACCCAUCAUUUUCUCGGGAAUAUCUUCUUUGACUACUGCUGUUGUCUUCAUUUUUCGUCACCAAGUCUCAGUUUUUUUUCUUUGCUGAAUUUCUUUGUAACUUAUCGUUUCCUGUUUGUUUUUAAUACGCCAUUUCAAGUUUGCAGAUCUUUGCUCUGCUUAGGAUUUUGAUUCCUGCUUGGGUUUAACUUCAAAAUUUUGGAGCUCUCUUUUUCUUUUAUUUUUUGCUAGAAUGGACAAAGAUAAAUCUCCAGGCUUGCCGCCGUCCGGUCGGUAUUCGGGGUUUUUGUCUGCCGGAAAUGCUUUGAACUCAUUCGGUCAAAGUUCGGAUUCGAAUCGUUUCAGUCACGAUAUUAGCAAAAUGCCUGAUAAUCCGCCCAAGACCUUAGGUCACCGUCGUGCACAUUCCGAAAUCCUUACUCUUCCCGAUGAUAUUAGCUUCGAUAGUGAUCUCGGAGUUGUUGGGGCGGGCGAUGGGCCGUCUUAUUCCGACGACACGGAAGAGGAUUUGUUCUCUAUGUUUCUCGAUAUGGAUAAGUUCAAUUCUUCUUCUGCAACCUCGACUUUUCAGGUCGGUGAGUCGUCGUCUGCCACCGGUGCUCCGGCUACUGCUCCGGUAGCUUCUCGAGCUGGGACGGGGAUGAAUGGUGAAAACGCGAGUGUUACCGUUGGGUUUUCCGAGAAGCCUAGAGUUAGGCACCAGCAUAGCCAGUCGAUGGAUGGGUCGACCAGUAUUAAGCCGGAAAUGCUGAUGUCCUGUUCGGAAGAAGUUUCUCCUGCUGAUUCUAAGAAAGCUAUGUCAGCUACUAAGCUUGCUGAGCUUGCCCUUAUUGAUCCCAAGCGUGCUAAGAGAAUCUGGGCAAAUCGGCAGUCUGCUGCUAGGUCAAAGGAAAGAAAGAUGCGAUAUAUAGCUGAGCUUGAACGGAAAGUACAGACGUUGCAAACAGAAGCAACAUCACUCUCUGCCCAGCUGGCUCUGUUCCAGAGAGACACCAAUGGUAUGACUGCUGAGAAUAGCGAGUUGAAACUGCGGUUGCAAACAAUGGAGCAACAGGUUCAUUUGCAAGACGCAUUAAAUGAUGCACUGAAAGAGGAAAUCCAGCACCUGAAAGUAAUGACUGGCCAACCUAUGCCGAAUGGUGGACCAAUGAUGAACUAUGCGUCGUUCGGAGCUAAUCAACAGUACUACUCAAACAAUCAGGCUAUGCAUACCCUCCUAACUGCACAGCAGUUUCAGCAACUUCAGAUUCAAUCGCAGAAACAUCUGCAUCCAUUCCAGCUGCAACAUCAGACAGGGGACAUGGGAGUUAGAGGUUCCAUGGCAUCCCCUUACAAAGAUGCUUCAUCGGAUGCCAGCUCGACAGCAUCAAAGGAUUGAUGAGUUAUAUAUGCUCAUAAGACCAGGUAUUUAUGGGCCUUUUAUGUUUUUAGGUGGGACAUGUAUUUCCUUGCCAUCUGUUUAGGCUUUUC